UUCAGCCACACUGCGAUUAUUCAUCCCUGAAUUUUUCGUUUGUGGAAAUUAUUUUUUCUGGAAUAAGCAGGCAAUCUUCGCUCCAAUAUUACGUUUCAAAGCAAAUUGUUAGCUUCAAUUUAAGAAUCCAUCCAGCAAUCACAGAUAUGCCGACCAUCAAGCUACAAUCGUCCGAUGACGAGAUCUUCGACACCGACAUCCAGAUCGCCAAGUGCUCGGGCACCAUCAAAACGAUGCUGGAGGAUUGCGGCAUGGAGGACGAUGAGAAUGCUGUGGUGCCGCUGCCCAAUGUCAACUCGACCAUCCUACGCAAGGUGCUCAUCUGGGCCAACUAUCACAAGGAUGAUCCGCAGCCAACGGAGGACGAUGAGAGCAAGGAGAAGCGCACCGAUGACAUUAUCUCGUGGGACGCCGAUUUCCUUAAAGUCGAUCAGGGCACGCUCUUUGAACUGAUUUUGGCUGCUAACUAUUUGGACAUUAAGGGCCUCUUGGAGCUCACAUGCAAGACUGUGGCCAAUAUGAUAAAGGGCAAGACACCGGAGGAGAUCCGCAAGACGUUCAACAUCAAGAAGGAUUUCACACCCGCCGAGGAGGAGCAGGUGCGCAAGGAGAACGAGUGGUGUGAGGAGAAGUAGGGCAGUACGGAAAAGGAGCUGGAGGCCAAGUUGAAGUUGAAUAUGCGCGAAAGUCGUAGGAUCUUACUUUAGUUGCUAAUUUUAUAAUUCAUUUGAUCACAUUCGAUCGAAUUAUUUUUUUUUCUAUCGAUUUUUCUGUGAACUUGUCUUCGCUUCUCUAUGUGAUGAAGUCGAAAUAUGAUUAAGUCGUUUUGAUUUCACGAGAAUAAAUAUUAUAUUAUCCAACAAAGAAA